UUGUUAUUUUUUUUAUGUUUAAGAUAGAAAUAUGUUAGUUUAGCCAGCUAAGGAUUAUUUUGAUUCCCAUACGGGCAACCAUAGAACCAUAGAAGAGCGAACAUUGUAGCCAGGACGAAAGGAGCCAUUUGAACCGUCGAACGAAUAAAGCAAUAAACAUUCGAAUUAAAAGAGCAGAAAGAACAGACGAACGAAAGGGUACCUUAUUGACACACUCAGUGAAAAUGGUCACUCUCUUGAAUUUUGGGAAAACCCCGAUAAAUAUUCGAAGCUUCAGAAUGGCUCAAAUUAUAAGCCUUUGAAAUAAAUUGUAUACAUCUUUUAGUAUUAUCGCCAGAGGCUGUUGAAAGAAAGACGAAUUAUGCCUUUACUAUUUUUUUUGGCCUUCAGGGAAGAACCUUGGACAAAUAUAAGUGUACUGAACUAAUGUUUAUAAGUUUUCUAAAUUACUUUGUUGUCCAAAUUUGAAAGAAGUUGAUAUCGAAUUCAAAGUAAGCAAGGUAUUGCAAGAUAGUCCAUCAAUCUACACAGGAGUGCCCAAUUUUCAUAAAACCUUCAACAUGAUUCUGCGGUAUUUUACCAACGGAUUACUCCGUUUGCUGUUCAUGACUUUGAUUGUGACUCUGAUAGGUAUCAUUACACUCACAUACAAUUGGCCAAAAGGGGCAGACGUAGAGUCGGUGCCACAGUCGACAGUGGGAGCUGCAGAGGACCCAGAGCCGACAGCGGCAUCUAGCGAGCCACUGGCGAGCAUCCGUCUAGACGAUGUUCUACUGGCGGAGCCCAGGCCCACGCCCGGACAGAGCAUAUUUUUUCACGAAACGAGCUGCUAUGAUGUCAAAAACAAAAAUCUUAAUAUACUGAAGCUUACAGCCCGACAAGCCUGCGCUAUCGAAUCUGCUGCACUCCAUAAUCCGAAUUUCCAAGUGUUCGUUUUGUUCGUUGACCGAAAAUACAGUCAUGUUGUUGACCCCAACGUAGGGAAUAGAAGCAUCCAGCAGCCUCUUUUCGAUGCCAUCUUAAGCUAUAGCAAUGUUCAUUUGAGGCGUCUAAAUCUCUGGAGAUAUGCUGCAGGCACACCCAUGGAAGAAUGGCUCAGGGAGGGUAAUCUGUUUCGCUCGCGAUAUUUGGUCUCCCACAUCUCUGAUUUUCUGCGUUAUUUGACCCUAUUUCGCUAUGGAGGCCUGUAUCUGGACAUGGAUGUGGUCGUGCUUCGAAGUAUGGAGGAUAUACCACCAAAUUACACAGGAGCCGAGUCCGAUACUUUCCUUGCCGCUGGCAUCAUGAACUUAGCAGCCAGUGGCUUUGGUCAUCAGAUUGCCGCCUCUUGUCUGCACGACUUUCAGACAAAUUUCGAUGGCAAUGUUUGGGGGCAGAAUGGCCCAGAGGUGAUAACACGCGUGGCCCAACAGAUUUGCGGGACCAAGAAUAUCUCAGUGAUGCAGACGAAUCGCAAACGCUGCUUGGGUUUUAAGGUGUUUGGUAGAGGCGCCUUCUACGCUGUGACCUCUGAUAAGUGGCUGAACUUCUUUAAUCCACAUAAACUGGAGGAGACCUUGGCCCGCACCAAAGACUCGUAUGCGGUGCAUGUGUGGAACAGCCAAUCGGAAAAGAAACCAAUUAAGAUUGGGUCAACCUGUGCCUAUGCCAAAUAUGCCGAGAAAAAUUGUCCACGCGCCUAUCAUGCUGCAGGUGAAUACUUUUAGGAAUUUUAUCUUCAAGAUUCUUUGAAUUUUAAAAUUGGUUUGGUCUGUGUAAAUAUAAUCAUGUAAAUCAUUGAACGGGCCAGUCAUGAUCGACGUCGGAGAAUUGGGACUUUUAUAAAAUUAA